AUGUUGAAUCAAAAGUUACAAAAUAAAAAUGAACAUAUUAUAUUUAUUAAAUUUAUAUUAAAUAAUUUAUGUAAAUAUAAAGCAAAUGUUCAAUAUCUAAACAGCACAAUAUUACAGCAGGACAAUUGUAUACUUUUUAUUAGGUCUUUAUCCACAAAAUGCCUGGUAGCAACAAAAAAGGAUUCAUUUUAUGGAGAGGUCCAAUAA